AUGGAGAUGUUACCGCCGGCCCCCGUGCCGCCGAACGUCGUCGUCGGCGCCACCGUCGUGAAACGAUUUCCCGGCUACGGCGAGCGCCGCGGCACCAUCGCCGAGAUCGACCUCGAUGGCGGCAAGGUCGUCGUGCGCUGGGCGUCGGACGAGCGCACGACGCUCUCGCUCGGGGAGGCCGCAAAGCGGGCCCUCUAUGCCAUUCCACCGAUAGAAGAGGAGGAGCGCUCGAUCGUCGAAGACGACAUAUCGACGGUUGGCUACGAUUCGGGCGACGACACGGCCCCCUACCUCGGCGAGGGCGGCGCGCGGACGUCGUCGUCGCGGUUCUGGGGCGUGACCUGGGAUCGGGCACGCAAGAAGUGGAAGGCGCGCUACCUAGACGCGGAUGGCAAGACUUACCGCACGAUCGGCCGCUUCGACGACGAGGAGGAGGCCGCACGCGCUUACAAUAAGGCCAUCCGCGACGCGAGCCUCGAAGGCAAGCGCCACAUGAACGCGGUCGACGCGACAGGCGCGCUCGUGCCAAAAGUGCCCAGCGCGUCGUCUAGGUUGCCGCGCGACCGCGCCGCCGUCGUCGCUCCGGACCCGGCGCGCGCGCCGACGGGCACGACGUCCAAGUUCUGGGGCGUGUCGUGGAACAAGAGCAACGGACGGUGGCAGGCGCGCUACCAAGACGCGGACGGCAAGUUGCGCUCCAUCGGCUACUUCGACACGCAGGAGGCGGCCGCCCACGCCGUGAACGCGGCCAUCCGGCGAGCGGGCCUCGAAGGCCGGCGCAAGACGAACCCGGUCGUCGACGGGCAACUCGUGCCCCCUAAAAAGAACCCAGCCUCAGGCCACGGGCGGCGCCACAAGCGCCGCCGCGACGAACCCGCCGCCGCACCGUCGACGCGCGCCCGCCGCCGCUAG